AUAACCUAAAAACUAACUUCAGUUAGAUUGUGCCAUUUUCUACUGGUCCCAGGUUCCAGCUUAAAUACCUUUGAUGAUCGCUUUUAAAUUCUUUAUAUUUGUAACUGUGUACACCGUGAGUCUGGAUUUAUUUUGGGUUUAUGUCAAACUAAUCGAAAUAUUAGAAAUCGGUGGCAGCCUUCUUAAAAGUGGCCUGUACAAAUUGGAUCCGGUGUAUGACUAUGUCAUAGUGGGUUGCGGUUCUGCUGGAAGCAUUGUCGCCUUAAGACUUUCGGAGGAGAGAAAUGCUUCAGUUCUCGUUUUAGAGGCCGGUCCAACUGGAACAUCGUGGUUCGACAUACCAGCUGUCGCAAUUUUGUUACGUUUAUCCUCAGUCGAUUGGCAGUACAACACGGUGCCUCAAGAAAAUGCUGCCAAGGCCCUUGAGGAUCACGUUAGUAAAUGGCCAACGGGCCGAGUUGGGGGUGGCAGCGGACGAUUGAAUAGUCUGUUGUACAUGCGAGGUCAUCGUGAAGACUUUAGGGGAUGGUCUCAAGAUCCCAGUGCUUAUAACUACGAGAGUGAUAUUUUACAUUAUUUUAAAAAGUCUGAAGAUCACAGGGGUGCCUAUAAAAAUGAUUUAAAGUAUCAUUCCACCGGAGGUCCCCUAAUAGUUGAAGAUUUCUUGCACAUAACUGCACUUGGUAAUGCCAUACUGAAAGCAGCGGAGACCUUAGGAUAUCUCAUCCGUGAUCUAAAUGGCCAACACAGCACAGGAUUCAUGCGGUCGCAAAUCAACAUUAAGUCGGGAGGACGUUGGCUACCACUGCACCAUCUUCUAUCGUUAAGUAGACCGAACCUAGUUAUACAGAGUAACUCUUUUGUCGAAAAGGUUUUGUUCAAGUCAGACUAUGAGGCUUAUGGAGUUCAGUACACACAUUUGGGUGUAAAGGCAAACGUAAGGGCUCGCAAGGGAGUCAUUUUAAGUGCUGGGAGUGUAGGAACGCCAAAGCUUUUAAUGCUAUCUGGUGUGGGAAAGAGAGCUCAUUUAAGUAAUGUAGGCAUUAGGACUCGAGUGGAUCUACCCGUCGGUGACAAUUUACAGGAUCAUGUAACAACAGGUCUCGAUUUAGUUUUGCUCAACACCAGUGUACUGGACGUUUUCAAAAUGUACUAUCCUAGUACCAUCUUCAACUACUUUUAUCAUGGCACAGGUAUGUGGACAGGUACAGGUUGUGAAGUUUUGGGCGUUUUAAGUACUAAGUGUCUUAAUUCUUCAUUGGAAUACAACCAGAAUUGUUUAAACGAUGAGAAAUUGCAGCCUGAUCUUCAGAUAUUGGUGAUGCCACUUGGCGCAGCCAGCGACGGUGGCAAACACCUUGUGAAUGUGGUAGGGUACAAUGAUAUAACUCGAGAAAAUUACAUUGAGCCUUUGGUUCGACAGUCGACAAUAUCGCUUAUACCCGUCGUGCUUCAUCCUAAAAGUAGAGGAACUGUACGCCUGUCUAAUAGGGAUCCCUACAACCGUCCAUUAAUCGAUCCUAAGUACUUAUCAGACCCUUACGAUGUCACCAUAUUGCUGAAGGGAAUAGAAAUAAUCAAAAAGAUUAUUUCAACACAACCAAUGCAACAAUUGGGGGCCAAAUUGAAUACAAGAAAAAUACCAGGAUGUGUAACCUUCGAGUUUGAUACUGAGGCAUAUUGGGAGUGUUACGUUAGGCACUUGACAAUGACGGCAUACCAUCCGAUAGGCACCUGCAAAAUAGGAAACUCCUUCGAUAAAGAAUCUGUGGUUGGAUAUGAUUUUCGCGUGCAUAAUACUAACAAGUUAUAUAUUGCAGACGCGUCUGUAAUUCCGACAUUGAUAAGUGCCAAUACUAAUGCGGCAGUGAUGGUCAUUGGGGAAAAAGCUGCUGAGCAAAUCAGGUACGAUGGUUUUUUAAGCGGCGGUAGUUGUGAUCUAAUCGAGUUAUUUAUACCAAAAAUUAUUUGUCAAAUAUAAGUUGCAUAUGGA